AUGGAUGCCCUCAGGCCUCCCCUCCCGCACCUAGGGGGGCCCCCAGAGGGGGGCCCCCGGGGGCCCCCCUUGGCGCCCUCCCCCACCCGCAGGCGCACCAGCAGCAGCAGCAGCAGCAGCAGCAGCAGCGGCAGCAGAAGCUACUGCGGUGGCACGAAGAACAGCAGCUGCACCGACAGCAGCAGCGGCGAAAACAGCAACAGCAGCAACAGCAACAACAACAGCAACGACAGCAGCAGUAGCAACAGCAGCAGCAGCGACAGCAGCAGCAGCGACAGCAGCAGCAGCAGCAGCAGUAGCAACUGCGACAGCAGCAAUGCCAGCAGCAGCAGCAGUAGCAGCAGCAGCUACUGGCCUCAAGAAGCAUUUGAGUCGGCGGCAGCUCUGCUGCAGCAGAUAGAAGAAUUCUGCAGCAGAAACAGCAGCAGCAGCAGCAACACACAGAAAGCGGCAAGGACAGAGCAAGAACACGAGCAGCAGCAGCAGCAGCAGCAACAGCAGCAGCAGCAGCAGCAGCAAGUGUGCCCCUCUGAGUGCGCGCGUCUUGUGAAUGAAGCUUUGGAAUUUUUGGUGGACAUUUUGCGACUUCUCGGCCCCAAGCGGGUGGUCUUGAGUUUCAACGGCGGAAAAGAUGCAGCAGCAGUUCUUCAUUUGUACAGAGCAGCAAUCGUCAAAUUCGCCUUGCUGCAGCAGCAGCAGCAGCAGCAGAAGCAGUUGCUGCACCAGCAGCAGCAGCAGCAGCAGAACCCAGCUCGGGAGCUGGACGCGCACCAGGAGGUGCAGCAGCAGCAAAACCACUCGAAGCACCAGCAGCAGCAGCAGCAGCAGCAAGCAGAGCAAGCGCAGCAGCAGACACGGCAGCAGCAGCAGCAGCAGCUGCUGCUGCUGCAGCAGCAGCAGCAGCGGCCUCGCGCCAUAUAUUUUCAUUCUGGCAGCAAAGAGUUUCCUGAAGUCGAAAGUUUCGUGCGGCAGACAGCCGAGGCCUAUGCGCUGGAUAUUGAGGUUUAUUACUGCGACUGGGCCUCGGGCAUUCAGGACUUCCUUUCCAAACAGAAGGAGAGCCCCAUAGCUUUUGUUCUGGGAAACCGGCGCAGCGACCCGCAGUCCUCGGGGCUGAGUUUGCUGCAGCUGUCCAGCCGGUGGCUGCCGCCCUUUUUGCGGCUAAGUCCGAUUUUGGAGUUUUCUUACGGAGCCCUUUGGGCCUUUUUGAGGACUUUUGAGCUGCCCUACUGCCCCCUCUACGACCGCGGCUACACCAGCAUUGGCAACAUGGAGAAUACAGUGCCCAAUCCGCUGCUGCUGCCCUCGGGAGGGGGGCCCCCGCUGCCAGCUUAUGAGCUGCAGCUGUGGGAGAAGGAAAGAGAGGGGAGAAGCAACGGCAGCAGCAGCAGCAGCAGCAGCAAGGGCAGCAGCAGCUGCAGCAACGGCAGCAGCAGCUAG